GGGUGAAGAGAGUUCAAGAAAUGUACAGUGAUCUACAAAACGAACAUUACUCAACCAAUUUGUGUCCGAAAUCAUUGUACGAAAAAUACAACAUCAUUGAAAAUGAAAUAUUUCUGGCAACCAAUAUCAAUAAACUGCCUGUAGAAGAAAUUUUCGUUGCUGAUUUACCAAUCACAAAUGUAACAGAGUCAGCAGAAGUUGAAGUAAAAAGUGAAAAGAAAUCUGAUGAAGUUCCGGCUGAAAUUCUGUUAACAGAUUUUGAAAAGGAUAAUGAAUUUGUCGACCCAAUUGGAGAUAUAAAUGAUUGUUUGGGUAUUGUCGAUUCUCCUAUGGCUGAAGAAGAUGAGCUCAGUAGUGAUAGUGAACAAAGUGAAAGAAAAUUUGAAGUUUUAAAUAAUGAUUCAGAAAAUAUUGAAGAAAGAACUGAGAAAAACGUAAAUAAGCAUUUUCAAGACUUUGAAUAUAACUACUUGUGCAAAAGGUGCUCACAAGGUUUCCAACGCCUUAAAAACUAUAUCUCCCAUAUGAAACAAAAACAUGGCGAAAUUCUUUGCCCACAAUGCACUGAUUCCUUUAGAAAUGCCAUUAAACUAAGACGACAUAUGAAAACUCAUCCAAAAGCGUUUCCAUGUACACUUUGCGAUAAAAAGUUUGAAACAAAAACCAGAUUAGCAAAGCAUAUCAGUUGUGCACAUGAAGAUGAACAACCACUGAUUUGUGAAGUGUGUGGUGUUACUUUGCGCUCUAGAAAGCAACUCAGAGAACACAUGCUGCAACACACUGACUAUUCACCAUUUGAAUGUACAAUUUGUGGCACAAGUUUUAAAAUAAAAAGCCGACUGAAGAGACACAUGCAAAUACAUGGAGACAAGUACAUAUGCCCUGAAUGUGGUAAACAAUUGAGUACGCGUGCUACGCUCAAAAGUCAUUUGCUUGUUCAUUCCGAUAAGAUGUCGCACAAGUGUGAUUAUUGUGGACGGCUUUUUAAGCGUGCCAAUACCCUUAAGAACCAUUUAAUUGCCCAUACCGACCUUAGACCGUAUGCAUGUGAUUUUUGUGAUAAAAGAUUCUCAACAGGGCCAAGUUGUAGAUUCCAUAAAAAAACAAUGCAUCCGAAGGAGUUGGCUGAACUGGAGGCAUCCGGAGCUAAAACAUAUACCAAAAAUAUACCCACUUUACAUGUUCUAAAGGCAGUUUCGCGAACGGGUGAGAAUUUCAAGCCACUGGCAUCAAAACAAAACGGUUGCGUACAUUUCGACAAGGAAAUACAAGCAAAAACGGUGGUUGCGAAUUCAACUGCUACUACAAAUGCUACAAGCGACAAAUAUUAAAAAAAAACAUGUUCAAAUUUUUUAUUCAUGUUCUAAAAAUGUACGUUGAAAAAUUAGUUGUAACAUAUAGUAUCUAAAAUUUAUAGUUAGAUAUACAUACAUAUUUUAUGUAUGCGUCAAUAUUUUGCACUUCAAUGAAGUGCUGGUGUGGUAUCAAAUAAGCUUAAAAAAUAGUAAUUUUAUAGAUUUAGUAAAUUCUGUUUUUAUUUUUUCGAUUUAGGAUUUUUAUGUGAUUUUUUUUUUAUAUUUGGGAUAAUUUAGAUUAGUAAUGUAACAAACAAGCUUUAUUUAAUAAAUUUAAAAAUAUUUGUUAUAGAUACAUUCAUAUAUGAAUUUCUUUUUAUUAAAUAUCGUAUAUCAAAGAUAAAUAUUUGUUGCCUUACCAUUUGCAUUUUAGAAAUACUGAAUAUAUACAUUCGCUGAAUACAACCAUCUUAGUUACGAAAUAUAAUUCAAAAGUUAUAAUGCAUUUAUUUUUUAUUAAAUAUUUAUCAAAGAACAGUGUAAAUAAUAAAUUCGCCAUACCAUUUCUAAUUUUUACAAAUUUCACCACACUAUUUGGAGAAUAUCAUUUUGUUCAAAAGUAUCGAUAAAUUAUUCACAUACCUGUAUUUCAGAUUUCAUAGAAAUUAAAAGUGAAAAGUAAACAAACAAUCAAAUAUAAAGAAAACAUAUUCGCGGUAAUGUCGAAUGUCCUUUUUUCUGAAAGUGAAAAGUUUUCUACAGAUCAUAUUUAUGAUGCAAAAUGGAAAACUUGGUGCCGGCUCUGUGCUAAUGAUGAUGUAAACGGCGUUAAUAUUAUAUCGGGGCAGUGCUCACAAAACCUGAAUAGUGAUUUCAAUGAUAUUAACAUAGUUCACUCAAUAGGGGAAUUAUUUAGAAUCUAUGUUCAAGAAGAUGAAAAACUUUCACAAAUAAUUUGCCAAGAGUGCUGCAAGUUUGUGAAAAAUGUAAUUAAAUUCAGCGAACGCGUAAACAAAGUCCAACAAUUGUACGCUGAACUAUGUAAUUGUACAGAUAAAACAGCACUCGAUUUGGGUUUAUUAUUAGAUAAAUAUGGUAUUUACAAAAGUGAAUCACUAAUAACGGAUCAAGGAAGCGAACUGCCAGUUGAAGAAAUUUUCGUUGCCGAAUUACCAGUUACGUCUGAAGUCGGGCAUAAUAUAAAAAAUGAGUGUACAAAUGUGACAGAAAAGUUGGGCACAAUAGUUCAAGGAACAAAAGAUGAAUUUAAUGAUCCUAUCGGCGAUGAAGAAGGAAACUUAAACCAAAUGUCAUGUACUUCAUCUAUGUCCGAAGACAUGAGCAGUAAUGAAGAUAAUUGCUUUGAUGAUACAGAAUCAUCCGAUUCUAAUAUAAAGCCCUACAAGAAAUUUGAAGUACAUGGAAAUAUCAAAAAAGAAUUAGAACACUUGUGUAGCGUUUGCUCGCAAAGCUUUCAACGUCGUAGUAACUAUUCGAGACACAUGAAGAAAAAGCAUGGUGUAAUCGUUUGUCCACAAUGUCCUACUUCAUUCAAAACAGAAUCUACUCUCAAGUUGCAUAUGGUAAAUCAUCGAAAGUUGUUCACUUGUCCACAAUGUAAUGAAAAAUUUGAAAGAAAGGGAUCGCUAGGUAAUCAUAUUAGGAAUGUCCAUAAAUUUGACAACCCAUUGGUCUGUGAAGCAUGUGGUGAAGAACUACGUACAAAAAAACAAUUGAAGCAACAUAUGUUGACCCACACAGACUAUACACCAUUUGUCUGUAAGGAAUGUGGUAAGAGUUUCAAAGAAAAAUACAGAUUAAAGCGACACUUGGAAAUACAUGGUGAUAAACUCAUUUGCACUGAAUGUGGAAAACAGCUUAGUUGCCGCGCAACAUUCAAUAGUCAUAUGUUAGUACAUUCCGAUAAGAUGCCACACAAAUGUGACUAUUGUGGACGUACAUUUAAGCGCGCCAAAACGUUGAAAUAUCAUUUAAUAGCCCAUACUGGACUCAGACCGUAUUCUUGUGACUUUUGUGACAAAACAUUUUCAACUGGCUCAAGUUGCCGUUUUCAUAAAAAGACUAUGCAUCCAGUUGAAUUGGCGGCCUUAGAAGCAUCUGGGGCAAAGACCUAUACAAAAAAUGUACCAAAUUUGGAUGCAUUAAGAGCUGUGGCGCGUACGGGUCAAAAUUUUAUACCGUUGACAUCCAAACAAAACUGUUAUGGAAAUUUAAGAAAUACUUAAGGGCUGAAGCUAUUUCGUUAAAAGUUUAAUUACCGAUAUAUGGUAUUACAAUGAAUGAAGGAUGAACUGUACAUUUACAUUUAUUACGAAAUUAUUUAUUAUAUUUAAUAAACUAGAUAUUUUAACAUUAUAAGAA